CUAGUCUGUCGGAAAACAACACGAAGAAGAAGUGGUGAGCGCACGCUGGUGCACGCGCGUCACAUGAAGGGGAUGCAUACGCGCGGUGGCGGGGACUGAAGAUGGCGGAUAGUGAUGUUGAACCAGAGCCCGACUGGAGUAAUCGGCCUUCCAACACUGCCGAGGACACUCUCGUCGCCAUGGAAUGCUUGCUCACCACCUUGAGAGCGCUUGAAGCAACGCUCAGGCAACAAGACAUUUCGGAAAUAUCAUCCACCGAAUAUUGCGACAACUUCUGCCAGGCACUGAUGGACUACGCUGGGAGCAGGAAUUCUGUGGAACAUGGUCUUCCUCUCCUGGAGGUCUACUGCCUGGCCAUCAACUGCUUUGCUGCUGCAAGGCCACAUCUCACUGCAGACUCUGACACUGUUGCCCUGGUGUUGAAGAGACUAGCACUGAGCUGUUUUGAACUGUUGCUAUCUGUGCCUGAAAACGAAAUCCCUUAUGAGGCCUGGGUUCAAUUUCACCGCUCUGUUCAGGUGGCACAUGAUGCCUUGUUGGAGUAUGGGAGCAUAGAUCUACAAGCCCUCCUCCAAAUCACAGGGGAGGGAGGAGCGUGGAGUAACCCUGUCCUAAGCGCCCUUCUCACCGGUCAUCCCACAACCGCAGAGGAAGUUGACGCGUACAUCUCCUUGGAGGGGGAGGGCUUCAUGGAGAUGCGGGUUAAACACCUGGAGAAAGUGGGAGAGGUGGCGAAGGCUGUGGUACUGGCUAAGGCCUGUGCUGAAUGCCAUCUUGUCUCCAACCAAACCACCUUCCGCCAGACCUAUGUCUCUCUCCUCUGCCAACUGCUGCCGGGCGAGGAGGCCAUCAUGGAGAUAUCCAGACUGGACUGUAAGGAUGUGCUGGAUAUUACAUGCAAUUUGGAGACUGAGGGGGAGGAUAACACAGCCUUCAUCCUGUGUACUACCUUCCUAACUCAACAGCUGCAGCAGCAGAGCCUGUACUGCUCCUGGGAGCUCACACUGUUGUGGAGUAAGCUGCAGAGAAGGAUCGACCCAUCUUUGGAGUCACUGCUGGAGCGUUGCCUGCAGCUAGGUGCCAUUGCUAAGACUGUCUACCAUCUGCUCUUCCUUGUGCGUGUCAUCCGGACAGAGGCAGAGGAGCUGGGUCUGGCUUCAUCUGUGGAGUUAUGUGUUAAAGCACUACAGCUCCCAAAGCAAGAGGACACAGAAACAAGGAUCGCUGUGUGCAAAACUGUAUCCUGCCUCCUACCAGACGAUCUUGAGGUGUUGCGGGCCUGCCAGCUGACAGAGUUUCUCUUAGGCCUCUCUCAUGUGGCCUUCAGCACCCUUCAAGAGCUCUAUCUGCGGCCCGAUCAGAAGUAUGACCAGGAAAAUGCCAUUAUCCCCAACUCGCUGCGGUGUGAACUUCUCCUGGCACUUAAAGCCCACUGGCCUUUCGACCCUGAAUUCUGGGACUGGAAGACACUCAAGCAUCAGUGCAUCAUGCUGCUGGGGCUUGAACCUGAGCCGGAGGAGGAAGAAGAGAAAGGGAGGGGGCAGGAGGAGGUUAGUCUUGAGCAGGAUGUAAAGGAGGCGGUGGAGAGGGGAUUUGUUGAUAAGCCAAAAGAAUACGUAAAUGGGACAAGUGGAAGCAUUGAUGGUCAUGAGAAAGAUGAAGAAAAUGACCGGGACAGUAAACCACCUUCAAAGCCAGAUGCUGAGGGUACCUCAGAGCAGGGUUCACUGCAGAAGAAAUACAAGUUCUUCUGCAAGAUUUGUAAGAAAUCUGUUACUGAGACUCGAAUCCUUCUUCACUCUAAGAGGCAUGAAGAAAACGGUGUUUCCACAUGCCCUGUCUGCCUGAAGAAGUUUAAGAGCAGAAAGGAUUUUAUCCCACACACCAAACUACACCUUCAGAUGCCAUCCAGAAGCACUCGACAGAAGAAAAAGGACAAAAAGAGGGUUGAUUUGGAUAAGGAAAUGGAGGAGGAUGACUUGGAUGACUUGGAGCCUGGUGAGAUUGCCCUUGACCCAUCCUUAAUGCUGUACUACCAGUCCACACAUGAUCCUGAUGUUCUGGAGCACAUUCUAGAACAAGCUUCAUCUGCACCCAGGAAGCCUGGUCAUGAGGAUAACAUCACAAUUGAAUACAUUAACGUUCAUUUUGAAUUGCAGAAUCGUGACAUAUACACAUGCCCUGCUACUCACUGUACAAAGACUUUUAAGCAUUCCAAGUACCUGGGUGUGCACCUUAAAUCAGAAGACCAUGUUAGCGACGAGAACGUGAAACAUUAUUGUGAAAUGAGAGACCGUAGGGAAAAGUGCACUUACUGUCGGCGCCACUUCAUGUCUGCCUAUCACCACCGCAGGCAUCGGCGUGUGCACUACGGUGACCUGCCUUACAUGUGUAUGGUCACAGAUUGUGGUGCUCGUUUCAGCACCUCCAAUGAGCUUGUCACACAUAAGCAGAGCCAUGGCUUUCAACUUAGCUACCAGUGUGAGCUCAAAGGUUGUAGUCUUUCUUUCUGUGACUUGGGGCAGGUAUACCACCAUGAAGCACAGCACUUUCGUGAUGCAGCAUAUAGCUGCACUAGCCUUGAUUGCAAGAAGUUCUACUUUUCUAAAAAGGAAUUUGGCCGGCAUUUAGCCACACACGGCAUUACCUUCUCUGAGGAAGACUUUGAGGCACAGAGGAAGGCCAAAAGAAAACAUCUUGACUCCAUAACGGAGGAGAUAGCCAGCCCCAAAAAGUCGUGUGACAUAAAGACUGUACUGGAGGAGGUAGUCAACGGGGAAAACAAUGUUACUUUCUCUACAUGCAGUGCCUCCUCCUCACAGAGUUGCAAGGAGCCCAAGGGCACAAUGGCAUCUGUUGCUGUGUGCUUUGAUGGAAAAAAGUUCACUUGUGGUUUCGAAAGGUGUGGAUUGACCUUCUCCAAAGCUAGAGAUGUCCACCAACACCUAAGGUGUGUUCAUCCAGAACAUUUCAAGUCUGAGAAUAAGGAACGCAAAAAUCUUGUCAAAGAGAAGGGCUUGAAAUCGAAAGGUCUAAAGAUAAAAACAGAGAAAAACAACGAUGACAAGAACAAACAUGAACUUGCAACUUGUCUGCUAAUGAAGGGGUCAAACCAGGAAAAUGCUUGUCCUAUUAAGAACACAGCAACAUCUCCCUCAAGCCUGGACAAUGACCCUUUGAGAGAGAUUUUGAUUGGGCUUAGCCAGCUUAGUCUGACUCUCUCCAGCUCUACAAAUGGAUUUUGUGAGCCCUUCCAUCCAAUCUCAGGAUCCACAUCAAAGAUAUCCUGCCAUCAGGGUCUUGGUACCAGGUCCCCAGUUGUGUUUUUGCAAAAGAGAGCGCAACCCGCUGUUGGCAAGAGGGUGAAACUGACAUCAAACACGGAACCAUCAGUAGCCCACAGUCUACCCACAGAGCAACACUUAGAUGCAGACCAGGUCAGCCCCUUUGUUUUGCAAGCCUCUACUAAACCAUACUUCUGUGAGCUUAAUGAUUGCAACUUUAGAAGUGUGACCAGCACAACCCUAAUGCGCCACUACAUGAACAAGCAUAAUUUCUCAGAAAAGAAGGCGAAAGGAAUGAAGAUCCUCAAAUCACUGACAUUUAAGCCAUUUAAGUGUCACCUCUGCUUCAAAUGCCAUAGAGAGAAGACGGACUUGAGGGUUCAUUAUCUUCAGACGCAUAGACUUAGCGAGGCAGUUGUGGAACAAAUGAGCUGUUGGUCUAAAAAGCGGGUUGAGGGUAAACCCCCAGAACCCACCAAGCCAACCGUCUCCAUAACACAACCCCCAGAACCCACCAAGCCAACCGUCUCCAUAAAACAACCCCCAGAACCCACCAAGCCAACAGUCUCCUUUACACAGCCCCCAGAUGACACCGAGCAAACAUCCUCCUUUACACAAAAAUCUCAGACCCCCACCUGGCAACACCCCUCCUGGCAGCAGAAGUACCAAAAAAAGAAAAUAAUGCGACAAAAUAUUGUACAAUUUGCUAAAUCUGGAGACAAGCGUAAGAAAUGCAGUCAUGCUCCAUCUGUGCAGGAUCACUUCGAAGAGGAGGAAAGUGAAGACAGAGGUAUGCGAAGAAGCAAAGGCAGCAUUUAUAUGUGCAAGCACAAGGACUGUGGGCUUAUUUUCUCUCACGCUUCCAGUCUUUAUCGCCACCAGAAGAAGUUACAUUCGCAGGUGAUGGGACAUCCUUCCGUGCUUUCAGAAGACCCAGCUUUACAGAAGUUUAGGUGCAGCUACGCCAACUGUAAUGCUUCUUACCUCCUGAACAGUAGCUUGGUGCGACACACAGAGAGUGAGCAUCCUAACCAGGCGACCAGUAGCUUGGUGCGACACACAGAGAGUGAGCAUCCUAACCAGGCGACCAGUAGCUUGGUGCGACACACAGAGAGUGAGCAUCCUAACCAGGCGACCAGUAGUCUAAAACGUCACAGAAAAAGUGAUCAUCCUAACCAGGCGACCAGUAGUCUAAAACGUCACAGAAAAAGUGAUCAUCCUUACCAGGCGACAUUGUGCUGCAAGUAUGACGGCUGUACAAAAGUGUUCACCCAAAGCAGUAGUCUGGAAAAACAUGUACUCUCUAGCCACCUCAAUUAUUAUGAUUCACUCGUAUUACGUCUCCAGAAUACUCACAAGGACACGUCAGCCACUGGAUGCCAAAAGAAGCUGAUCGUCACAUCUACGCCACAGAAAGAUGAAACCAAGCUACCCCUCAGGCAAUCUCUAAGACACUGCCCAAAGUCUCCUGAAGAUGUUAAGGCUGAAGAAACUAGUGAAGAGCAAGAUGAAGAUGACGUUGAAAAUUUGUCAACUGAAAAGAAAUCCAGAAGGUUUGAAGAUAUGGUAUUCCGUUCCCAUGAGGAGGCCUUGCAGAUGUGCCAAGAUCGUUGUCAACGUGAAGCCUUCCCGUGCAUGGUUCAAGGUUGUGAUUCUGUAGUCAAACUUAUACGUAGUAUGCGCCGUCACUAUUUAAAUUGCCACAAAUUAACCAAUCAUGCUUUUGAAUUGAAUGAGGAUAAGCUUGUGUUUAGUGCAGAGAAACUGGACGAGCUGAUUCAGAGGAAUACUGUAUUAUCUGCUUGCCCUGAUAUGACGAGGGCACCUAACGGAGUUCUGAAGAUGGAGUAUCAAGCAGAGCCAGAUAACCCUGGUGGUCCACCUGUCCCUAUGAGUCUGCACUCCAUCGAAGCAGACACACUUGAUGAGCAUGACCCACUGGGGUUCAAAGAGGAGCCACCUGCUGAGAGGAAUGUUUUGGUGGGUGCCGAUGACUUGCUUUAUGGGGAACCUAGUGGGCACACUGAAGAGCCUGUUACUCAAAACAGCCAAGAGGAGAGGCCAAGGCGAAAAUCCUCAAACCCGCCCGCUCUUGAUCUCUCUCCACCAUCCUCCCUCCGAUUCAGUGUUGAUGAGGGCUUCAUGGACAGUUCAGGCAAAGAUGGUGGCAAACCAACAAUUUCUGUACCAUUGCCCUCCCCUCAAGCUCGCCAGCCACUUAAACGUAAGAACGAACUCUCUGAGCUCCUUCCCAUCCCAAAGGACUCCCAGCCUCACAGCCCUCCCCUUCGCUCAUUUGACCUGGCUGCUUAUAAACCUAUGGGAUUCGAGUCAUCUUUCCUGAAGUUCAUACAGGAGAGCACUAAGGAUGAUGUGAGGCCCCGGGCUUCUCACUGCAACAGCCACAGGCCUGAACCACCUGUGGUGUCUGCUCGGCGGCGGGAUUCCUACAGACGUAACUGUUCUGUAAAAGAGAACAGCCAGAUGGGCCUCUCUACUACCCGUAGCAGGCGGGCUCGAUCUUCCCCACUUCAGCCUCUUCCCAGGACAGGGGAAUACACAUCAGUCCAGAACUUGCGCCUCAUCUUGGACAAGGCUCUGACGGGUUGUGGUGACCUAGCCAUUAAGCAGCUGCAGUACCUCAGGCCCGUGGUAGUUCUUGAGAGGCCAAGGUUUUCCACCUCCUUGCUUGACCUCUUCCCCACAAAAACUAAUGAUAAGCUAAUUCUCGACGGUUCGUAGAACUGAGUAUCUUUGUGUCCAAUAUAAAGACUAUCCCAGUGUUUUUUUUCUAAUGUAAUUACUACUCUGAUGUUAUCAGUAUCUUUUUAAGUUGCCAAACUGAUUAGCUCAAGUACCUUAAUUGACAUACAACAGAUACGUGUGUAAAAUGAUCCUUCCCCUGAUUUUUAAAAAACUUCUUUAGAGUAUUUGUAUUACAUUUUUGUCAGGUGAUGAACGUUCUAAUGUGUAUAUAUAUAUGCGUCUUCUCACUACAAAAUGAAGUUUUAUAAAACAUUUUCAAAUAUUAUUUAGAACGGUGUAGCUCAUUGUACCAUUUCAAUGCUAUUAAUUUGUCUGAAAAAUAGCUUUCAUGGGACAGGAACAUCUCAUUUGCCCACUAAUAACUUGAGGAAAAAUGUUGUCCCCUCUGAAUAUUAAGACCCCUUUCUUUUUUUCAAUGCAGUGGGCAGAUGUGUAAUGCUUUAUAAGAAUAAUAAAUGUUUGAAUAGGCCCUUUCAAAAAUAUUAAAUUGCAUUGUCUAUCUUUAUUUUCCUUGUCAUGCCUUUACAUUGAUUAGUCUUUAAACUCUUCAGGGAACUAGUGAGUGAAAAUAUAGUGGACUAUUUAAUACUAUCUAUGAAAAUAAACACAUUUUACUUUA